CACAUUGAGGAAUUUUCUUCUAUUUCUAUACCCAUUUCUCCCUCUCUCUCUCUUUCACAUGAUCUACUUGCAUUCUCUACUUAAUUGUGUCUUUGCAGCUUUUGACACUUUCUAAGUAGACAUUAAAGCCUUAAAUUACCCCCUUACUGUCCUUUUCUUUUGUGUCCCUUCUUUAAUCUCAAAAUUCCCUUGUUUUUCCCGUAUAAAUCUCUGUUUCCCCUGUUUUUGUUUUGUGUGUGUAUGCAAAACAAAGAAAAAAAAACACCAUGUAUAGAAGAGAGAGCUCCGUGAUAGAUACUACGGUUCAUCAAAGAAGAAGAACCCCUUCUUUCUCUUCAACUCUUUUGGAUGCGAUUUAUCGUUCCAUCGAUGAAUCAAACGAGCCGACAUUGUGCCAUUACAGGGAAACCAAAACAACUAAGAAGCAGAGAAGUGGUUCCAGUCUUCGACGGGCUAUUAUGAUUGAGGAUUGGGUUGAAAAGCAGAGCAAUCAAGACUCAGCUUCGCAUUUCAACUCCACUUCGACCUCCUCCGAUUCUAGCAAUGGCGCUAUCUUCUCAUCUUCCGAAGCCGAGUCAAGUUACAAACAGAAAUCGAGAAGAUCGAAACCGGACAAGAAGGACAAUCAAGAGAAGGCCAAGAGAGAAGAAGGUGGUGGUGGGUUCAACAAAACAAAGCUGAAAGCAUUGAAAAUCUAUGGUGAAUUGAAGAAAGUGAAGCAACCCAUUUCCCCUGGUGGUCGUAUCACUAACUUCAUAAACUCCAUUUUCAAUGCUAAUGCCAAGAAAGUGAAGAUGUGCUCUAAUGGAGUUUCAAAGGAUGUAAAUUUCCUACGAAAAUCAAAAUCUUCAGCUUCAUCACCCACUUCGUUUUCCAGGUCUUGCUUGAGCAAAACACCUUCUUCAAGAGGUAAUAACAAUAACAAGUACAGUAAUGGCAAUAAAAGGUCAGUUAAAUUUUGUCCAGUUACUGUCAUUUUGAAUGAAGAUUCCAGUCCUUGUGGCCACAAAAAUAUAUACAGCGAUGAUCCCAGAUUAAUGUCCACCUCAACUGUUCAAAAGACUGUUAAAGAAUCUGCAGGUAGCACCAGUAAAGCAAGUGAUUAUCUAAGGAGCUAUCAAAGAAGAGGUAUCGGGAAACUGGAUUUGAGAGGCUUUAUUGAAGAUUAUGAUGAUGAAGAAGAUGACGACGACGACGAUGGACUGAGUUGUUCGAGUUCGGAUCUUUUCGAGUUGGAUCAUCUUAUUGGAAUUGGAAGGUAUAGAGAGGAGCUGCCAGUGUAUGAAACUACUAGACUGAAAACUAAUCAAGCCAUUGUUAAUGGCUUCAUAGUGUAACCUCAUUUCUCUCUCUCUCUCUCUUUUCAUCUUUCAAAUUGUAAUUAUUGGCUUUGGGGAUUUCCAAAUUGAAAAUUCAAGUUAUUUGAGUGACUA